GUCAGUUUAUAAAAUGGCGAAUGUGCGUGACAGUGAUACUUCGUUGUGGCUUCACAAUAAACUCGGAAUUUCAAAUGAUUCUUGGACAGGAGGUUCAAUAUGUUCACAAUUAAAUGCUGAAGUAUUGAGAAAUAUAAAAGACUGUUUUCCAGAUUUACAAACCCAAGUUAAACUGAAAUUAUUACUCAGUUUUUUUCAUAUCCCGCGCAGAAAUUUGGAAGAGUGGAAGACAGAACUAGAACAAAUUUUGGAAGUAGCAUUAGGCGAUUCUGAAUUGUGGGUUGCGAUGUUAGCAGAUGCACUAAAGACCUACCCUUCUACUGGAUCUUUGAAUACAGAAAUAUCAGAUGUAGAUGAAGUUCGUCCUAUUUUUAAUGAUUUAGUGGCUGAUUUAAGGAGAUUAGUUCGUAAACAAAACGACCACACUAUGUUACCCAUGGAAUGUCAUUAUUUAAAUAAGGGAGCUCUAGUUUCAGUUGUUGGACAUAAACCUGAACCAUUAAAACAUUUUACAAUAAAAAAGAAACCAAAAUCCGCAUUGCUUAGGGCAGAUCUGCUGCAGAAAUCUAUGGAUGCAGCAUCAAAUAUGAAUAAAAAAUCUUGUGCACCUGUCAUACCAGUUCGAUCCAGAGGGAUGCCAAGAAAAAUGACAGAUACAACACCUCUAAAAGGAAUCCCAAGCAGAGUACCAACUUCCGGAUUCCGAUCUGCAUUGAACAGUAAUGCUAAUAGACCUCCGCUUUCUAGAGCACCUGCUGGAAGAAAGGAGGGUGGUGUUAAACUGUUAGAUAUUGCAGAUCAACCAUUAGGUUAUGCUGCAGCUAAAAAAAGAAAGAAAAUGCAAGAAAUUGAGGAUGCUGCUAAAAAAGCAACUGAAAAUGCAACAGUACAAAGUCCUCCACUAACAACAACUGUUGUUACAACUCCAGAUUAUGCCGCUGGUCUGGCUCCAACUCCAACUUAUGCUCCAGCUACACCUCAACCCGUUGUAACUCCCUCAGCAGGAUCUUUGGUUACAACAUCUUUGAUAUCUCAACCAGUACAAACUCCUCCUAUACCAUCAACUCCAACCCCAGUUACACCUCAGAUUUCAACACCUGUUUCAGUUCCUAUACCUCAACCGGCAGUUGCUGUUACUCAACAGCUCAUUCAUACAAUGAGACCUGUUCCUCCGUUAUUGGCGACGACGCCUUCAGGCCAAAGAACUAUUAUUUCUUCUGAACCAACUGUCCAACAAGUGCAGCAGCACGUGCAAACUCAACAUAUUAUUGGUACACCUGUUGUAGUUACACAAAGGCCGGUACAACAGCCCCAACAGACUGUUACACACAUUAGGAUUCAACCUCAACCUACAGCGACUGUUUUACAAAGAAGAGGUCUUGCUCUCACGAGAGAACAAAUGCUGGAAGCUCAAGAUAUGUUUCGUACGGCAAACAAAGUUACUCGGCCGGAAAAAGCGCUCAUUCUCGGUUUUAUGGCUGGUUCUAGAGACAAUCCGUGUCCUCAUCUCGGUAAUAUAGUUACUAUCAAACUUUCAGAAGAUCAAGAAAAUGUACUACAACCGGACGCUACUUAUCUUACCAUGCUGGUAGAGACUCACUUUCAGAUGAAUUACAACAACGGAGAAUGGAAGAAAAUAAAAAAAUAUCGACAUGUAGAGAAUGUUGUGGAGCAGAUCACACCAAAUACAGCGACAGCUACUUUAGUUUGACAGAACGUCAAAGGAUAGUCGAGCAGAUAGAAAUUUUAUAGAUUUAUAUGAGUGUAAGGACGUAAUUGCUACUAGACGGACCGGGAGGCAGUAAGUAAUACAAUAUAGAAGCAGAAAGCUUACAAUUUGAAAAGAAAGAUUACAGAAAAUCUUGAGGUUUGACAGAAGACUAUUGAUAUUAUACGGGAACGUCAUUUAAUAAAAUUGAACUUUGUUAAUAUUAUAUUUCCAAAUAUUUACAGAUAUUGGCAAAAGUUCAAUUCAAUUUCAAAACCAUUUAUUAUGUUACUAUAUUUAUCAAUUUUUUGAGAUUAGUUCAAAUGUACCAGUAACUUUUGUAUGUAUCAGUUGUGAAAGUAAAAUGAACUUUGACAUUUUAUUUUCAAUAAAUCAUUUAAAACGUCAACUAUCUCAGAAUCUGUAUUUUCUGGGAGUAGUUCAAAUGUACCAGGAUCUAUUAGCUGUGAAAAUAAGUUGAAAACAAUGAAAUUUUCAUUGGUGUUGAACUUUAUAUAGAAUUUUUGGAUACCCGUUAGAAUUUAAUUUGAUUUUCAUCAUUUUUUUUUAUUAAAAUUUAACCUUGUUCUAGAAUCCUGGACUAUCUGUUGAGAUUUGGUUCAAUUUUUGAUUCUUCUUUUAAAAGUCCAAUUAUAACAUUAAUUAUCUUGGUAUCUGCAUUUUCCAGGAGUAGUUCAAAUGUACCAGUAUCUAUCAGCUGUGAAAAUGAAUUGAGAACAUUGAAAUCUUCAUUGGUGUUGAACUUUCUAUAGAAUUUUUGGAUACCCGUUAGAAUUUAAUUUGAUAUUUAUCUUUUUUUAUUCAAAUUGAACUUUUUUCUAGGGUCCUGAACUAUCUGUUAAGAUUUGGUUCAAUUUUUGAUUCUUCUUUCAAAAAACCAAUUAUAACAUUAAUUAUCUCGGCAUCUGCAUUUUCUGGGAGUAGUUCCAAUGUACCAGCUUCUAUUGUACAUAACUGUUGUGAAAAGAAGAUGUAAAUACUGAUACCUUCAAUCAAAUUGAACUUAAUUUUAAAAUAUUUUGCAGUAUUUUUACAAAUUUAACAAAAAAUUUCAUUCUUAUCAUGUAUCUCAAAUCGAUUAGUUAGAAUGAAGUUGAAAAUCAUGAAAUAUUGAUAUUCUGUAGAUUUCAAACAAAAUUCUUUAAUUGAGAAUCUAAAGCUUCUAGGAGUAGUUCAAAUGUACAUAACUAUUGUGAGAAUAAAAUGACAAUAUUGAUAUCUUAAAUCAAAUUCAAUUUGUUUCGAUUAGGUAUCUGCAGUUGGAGUAGUUCAAAUGUACCAGUUUCUAUUGAACAUAAUGGUUGUGAAAAGAAGUUGAAAUACUUUUAUUAUGAAUAGUUACUUGAUAUGAAAGUUAUAAACUCAAGGUUUGAACAUAAAUAACUUUCAAUUACAACAAAUAUGGACUAAACUUUUUUUUUAUUAUUAAACUUUAUUCUUCGUAAUAGUUGCAUUCGAAUGUGGCAAGAUUUUUGAUCUCAUCAUUUACAGAUAAAACGAGUUUUCUUUUUUUAGAAUCUUAAUCAUUUUAUUAUAACGUUUAAUAAGUAAUACAAAAGAAAAGCUAAUUUUCAUUUGUAGGGCUUUGAAAAUCUCGUUGGUACUAAUUAUUUUUUGUCAUUUUACAUUCUUAUUGGCAGGUAUUGAAAAUAAAUAAAUUCAAUAAAUUUCAAUUACGCUCACCAUCAAUUUUCUGAUAAAAUAUUUCUUUUACGGGGCUUAGCUAAUGCCUACACUAGAUUAGUGACCCUCCGGAUGAGUAUAUUCGCAACUUGUACGUAUGCUUUGGAGUUGUUGUAGACACCAAAUGUGUCUUCAUGUGCCUAUUACAUCCCUGCCUAUAAGCAGCUUUCGGCGGUCCAUAAAAUGACACAUCCAACGGUUGAGUUCUAUGAGAACUGUGUGGUGGAAUGGAAAGCAUUGUGAUGUGGUUUUCUUUGCAAACAUUAAAAGCUUGAAGGGAAAUGUGACUGUUGCGAUUAUCCAGAAUUAAUAACACAGGUGAAUCUUGGGCAGGUUUGGCAAAUGCUGCGAAAUGUUUGAGCCAAGUGACAAAUAAAUCUUCGUUUAUCCAACCAUUUUUAGAGUUGGUGUAUAAUGCACUAGCCGGUCCAUCUUUUUCUAAUAAAGGAGUCAUAUAUAUUUUUAAAAAUAAUCGGUAAUCGAUUAAUCGGAAAAUAUAAAAAUAUCGAUGAUAAUCUUGAAAUCGUUAAGUUUCGCGUCUAUGGCAUACUUUCAAAUAUCUUUUGUAGGUUCAUUAUUUGGUUUGUUUUUAUUGGGAAUCAAACCAUAAUCGUUCUUUUGAAGUUCUAUUUCCGAUUAAUCGAUUAUAUUUCCCAGCCCUAUACAGAAGCGUAUCCCGUUGCAUUUGCAAAUUCCAAAGUGAUACAUCGAGGUUUAAAAUGCGUCUGCAUCAUACAAUUCUAUAAAAUCAGAGAUACAGUCAUGACUUUUAAGCCAUCUUGUAGGUUAUGUCCAAUAUGUAGUGAUUCGCCCUCGUAGUUUAUUCAAACGCAGUCCAUUUCUGGUUGCCUAAUAGUAGGCGACCAAGAAUCUCUGAGGACACUCGCGAGAUGGCAGGAGGAAAAAAUACGUCGAGAACGAACACGCAUUGUUUUUUUUUUCUGACAAAAUAAACGCCAAAUCACUACAACCACCACACCGUAAUUUACAGGCAAUACACUUUGAACCUCGUCUUUUUACUUUCGGUUACUUUUUAUUCAAUGGUAGCUUUUGGGUGAUACUUGGAAGUUGUCUUUUUGAGAUUUUUAUUUUUCUAUUUUUUGGCAAUUUCCUGUAUUGCAUAUACGUGAAACGCCCUUGACAAAACUAGAUUGAUAUUAUUGAAAUGACCUUGUUGCGGCCAUUUUAUCUUCUGCUACUAACGUCUCGUGGUAAAUUUGUUUUGACUGGUUGUAUGUUGAUUUUAUUUACAUCCUCAAAAUUUUGGAAAAUUUGUAUAUUAUUUUUGAAAAUAAUAUAAAAGGAAAACUUUACGUUCAUUUAAAUAUUCAGCAGUACAUCGCAGUUGAUUUUUAUGUCUACAUUAAUGGCCGUCGAUAUUCCAAUGUUGCCAAAUCCUUAAAAAAAGCAAUUAUUUGAUGAUUGAUGAAAUAUGGUUGAUAACUAUGUACCUACCAAUAAGAAAAUAUAAAUAUUUGGUACAUUUUAUAUCAAAAAUUCAUUUGACCGAUUUUUUAAAAUUUUUUCAUAAAAUCUGCCAGGUGUACGUAUUUUAAAUAUAAUACUUUUUUUUGAAAAUUGUAUAUGAAUUGUGUAUAUAAUGAUUGGAAAUUUUUUUUAAAUAUUUUCGCGAUUUAUCGCAAUAUUUGUAUAUUGAAAUAUUUGAAAUUAAGUGACAUUUUGUACAUAACAGAAAUUCUUUAUUAUAUUUAUUGUUUUGUCAUUUCAUACGAAUGUCAUUGUAAAAUUUCUUGUGUUCGAUUUUAUUGUUAAUUUUGUCAAGACACUUUGUAUAUAUUGUUAAAGAAUUAUAUUAAAAAUCUAAUAUUUUUAAAA